AUGGGAAGUUCCAGAAAUGAAAAGUUACAUAAUUUAGAGGAAGAUGCAAAAUCAUCAUUUCCAUAUCUUGCUUCCGAUGAGAAGUCUUCUACUAUAAGAAACCCCGAAAAACUAGAAUAUACUAAAGGCACAAAUGAACCUAAAUCACAGACUAAACCAUGGGUUCAUUUUGUAGCGGGUGGAAUAGGUGGUAUGGUUGGAGCGGUAGCCACUUGUCCAUUAGACGUUGUUAAAACAAGGUUACAAUCUGACGUCUAUCAUUCCACAUAUAAUAAAACUCCGAAAUCUUCGAAUCCAGUCAUUAAAGCAGCACAGCAUUUCAAAGAAACUGGUACUGUUAUUAGAGGUUUGUAUGCCAAUGAAGGUACUAGAGCAUUAUUCAAAGGGUUGGGACCAAAUUUGGUAGGUGUAAUUCCUGCGAGAUCUAUAAAUUUCUUCACGUACGGUGCCACGAAGGAUUUCAUUUCUUCUAAUUUCAACAACGGUCAAGAAGAGACUUGGAUCCAUUUGGUGUCUGGUAUCAAUGCAGGGUUUGUAACUUCUACCGCCACGAACCCCAUUUGGUUAAUUAAAACAAGAUUGCAGUUAGACAAGACUAAAGGGAAGCACUAUAAAAAUUCAUGGGAUUGCUUCAAGAAUGUGAUAAGACAUGAGGGUAUUAAAGGCCUUUAUAAAGGUUUAAGUGCAUCUUACUUAGGUGGUGUUGAAUCUACAUUACAAUGGGUUCUCUAUGAAGAGAUGAAAUCUAUUAUCAAUAAACGUUCUAUUGAGGCCCAUGGAUUAAGGGCUGAGAAUAAAACUACAAAAGAUUAUGUUUUGGAAUGGUCAGCAAGAUCAGGUGCAGCCGGCGCUGCAAAGUUUAUUGCAUCGUUGAUAACAUAUCCACAUGAGGUUGUUAGAACUCGUUUGAGACAGGCUCCAUUAGAAUCUACUGGUAAACCGAAAUAUACAGGCUUGAUACAAUGUUUCAAAUUAGUUAUUAAGGAAGAAGGUCUUGCAAGUAUAUAUGGUGGUUUGACACCUCAUUUAUUGAGAACCGUUCCUAAUUCUAUAAUUAUGUUUGGUACUUGGGAAAUUGUCGUGAGAUUGUUAUCCUAA